AUGUCUGGUACUGUGAUCUUAGCAGGCGUUACGCUUGCUGCGGGAAGCUUUCUUGGUCGUUAUCUUUUGCGGAAUCGUUCAGUAAUUGAGAAAGCAGUAAAAUCCCUCCCAGUCGCUUCCGCUUUUUCAAAAUAUCAUCGUGGAGGGUUUGAACCUAAAAUGUCGCGGAAAGAAGCAGCCAUGAUACUGGGCAUCCCUCUUAAUGCAAAGCCAAAUAAAAUUAAAGAGGCACACAAACGAAUUAUGAUUGCAAAUCAUCCCGAUAGAGGAGGAUCUCCGUACCUAGCUGCGAAGAUUAACGAAGCAAAGGACCUUCUAGAUAGUCCCCGACAGUCAAAUUAG